AUGGCAGGACAAUCAACGAAAUAUUCACCCAUACCGAACGACGAUGCCGACAUCGAGAAGGCCUCGAUGAUCUCUUACGUCGGAGGAAGUCUGCGCAGGACAAGGCGGAGGCGCCCGCUCGUGGUGCUCUUGCUCUGCGGAGCUAUCUCGCUCAUCUUUCUCCUAGCCGCCUUCCUGACCUACAGCUACAACCUGCCUAGCACACUCUCAGGAACCGACUAUGUCUACGGUGACUGGGCUGGUGACAACUCGGAGUACAACUCCUUCAUGAUCCAGGACGACCCGACGCACGUCGUUAUCCAAGCCGUCGACGUGAAUGUCACCCCGCCGGCACCGCUUCUGCAGCCCCUUACGACUCGCCCGCCUCUGGACCAGCUUAUCGAGUAUUACGCCCACGGCACCCUCAACUUUACCCACCAGUCCAAGCGGCCGCAGGUCGAUCUCGUCACGCUCUUUGUGAACGCCUCCUCGGAAUACUUUGCUUUUGCUAAGAACAAAAAGUCGGAGGAGGAGGGCCUUGGUUCGCUGAAGAAGCAGUCGCACCACUGGCGCGACAACGGCGAGCUGCGUGGAGGACUGCGCUCCUUCGCCCUGUCGCUGCGGGAACGCCUCCGCACGAUUCACGUCGUUUCAGCGGCGUUCGACUUCCCCGACGACGAGCGCCCUGUCCUCCCGGACGACAUCGAGGGCGACACCGACCGGUGGCAGCUGGGUCAAAUCCCUGAGUGGCUUGACUGGGCAAGCCCUGGUAACGUCCAGUGGCACUUCCACUCGGAGAUCUUCCGCCUCCCCCGCGACGAGGACGGAUCCCUGGACCACGCCAUCGCGGAUGUCAACGAGGAGGAGUGGCGCUCGCUCUCGCUGCCCAACUUCAACUCGUUCGAGAUCGAGAGCCGCCUCCCGUUCGUCAACGACCUCAGCCCCAACUUCAUCCUCAGCAACGAUGACAUGUUCCUCAUGAGACAGCUCAGUCUUGCGGACUUCCACCACCCGCUUCUCGGCCCCAUGCUCCGCCCCGAACCCGGACUCAAGGUCGGCUUCAAGCUGAUCCCGGAGCACAAGUCGACCCCCGGCGAGUGGGGCGGCCUGAACCAUGCCAACAUCCUCAUCGGCCAGCGCUUCGUCUACCGCGACCGCUGGUACCUGACGCACAUGCCCAAGGCCAUGACCCAGGCGAUCACGCAGGAGAGCGAGGUCAUGUUUGCCAAGGUGUUCACCGAGGCCGCGACCCGCUGCUUCCGCGAGAGCCGCCGCGGGCGGGCCGACGUCGAGAUGGCGUGGCUGUGGACGUGGCUGCAGAUUGAGCGAUGGCGUGAGGCACUGCUCUGGACGUGGGCCGUUGCCCGUCUCGGAGGCGAGGACGGCAUGAUCGGCGAGCGGGAGAAGAACGAGAUCCGCGACGCGCUCGGCCUCCGCAAGGGCGAGGAGUAUGACGAGAAGGAGAUCCUGAUCAAGGUCACGCGCGCCGAGCGUGAGACGUUCAAGGACGUCGAGAAGUACACCGACGAGGCCGGAUGGGAGCACCCUCUGGCGACGCGCCUCAUGCACACGUCGCUCGACGCAGAGUACCACCGCGAUGGCGGCAAGCCCGACCCUAACAUCGUCGACGGCCAGCGUAUCUGCCGCAUGGAGAUCGCGCGCUGCUUCCCGGAAGGUUUCUUCUCGACCGAGGACGAGUACAGCGCCGUCGAGGUGUUCAAGCUCCUCGCCUUCCUCGGCGACGGCCGCUGCGGCGACUGCAUGACCGAGGCGCUCCUCGGCAAGUCGGGCAAGCGGGCCCUGUCUGCGUUCCUCCCCAGCGUCGACGCCGUGUUCUUCCCGCCGUCCACUGAGGCGCCGCAAUGGAGCCGCCCCGAACCCAUGCUCCCGCUGACGCCGACGUGGCAGGAGGCCGACUUCUCCAUGGAGGCCAACGUCCGCACUGGCCAGGAUGCGUGGGAGGGUUUCGAGCCGCGCUCCGACGGCGGCGUCAACAUGCGCGCAUGGACCGUCAAGCUCCUCUCGCGCUACGCAUACGUGUACGCGCGGACAGAGUCGCGGUUCAACAUGAUCCACAACGUGAAGGAGCUCAACGGCGACACCAAGGCGAUGGACGAGUCUAAGACGCUCGCCAUGGCGUGCAUCAACGACGACGUCGACAAGCCCGAAAACGCGCCCGCGGUCCAGGUCGCGAUGCGCGAGUGGAUGGAGCGUCGCUUCGGCGAAGACUCGGAGUUUGUCAAGUGGGAAAAGUCGUUCCCGUGGAGCUAG